AUGGGAGCCAACUACUCCAAGCCAGAGCCCAUCCGGAAUGAGAAGUCUUCGCCUAGGAAGGUGGUUGACGAUGGAGAUGCUUAUCCUCCGCAGGUGUACAUGGAGUUGAAACAGUCUCCACCACAAUAUGAGGAGCGUGAACGCGCACCCUCCCUCUCCCUUCAGCGCAUCGAAGACUGGAACGAGACGUUAUUGGGUGAUGCCAAGAACCGACUCGCCAUCUCCAGCCUCGCCACGCAGCCCUACACCAAUGUCCUCGCCAACCGCUCCGCUCUCCAAUCUGAUCGUCACAUCUUCAACCUCAAGGUCCCGAUCGAAGGAUCUCCGAUCACAAAUCAACGCUCCUCUGGUCGCUGCUGGCUCUUCGCCUCGACCAACAUCUUCCGCGUGCCCAUCAUCAAGACGUACAACCUGAAGGACUUUGAGCUCAGCCAGGCUUACCUCUUCUACUGGGACAAGCUAGAGAAAUCAAAUUGGUUCUUCGAGCAGGUCAUCUCCACCGCGGACGAGGACCUCUCCGGUCGGCUGGUGCAGAAACUCUUCCAGGACCCUGUCAGUGACGGCGGACAAUGGGAUAUGGUCGUUAACCUGGUCGAAAAGUACGGUCUCGUCCCGCAUGAUGUGUAUCCGGAUGCCUAUCACGCGCAGAACAGCUCCAAGAUGAACUGGUUGUUGACGGCGAAGCUGCGCGAGCAAGCCCUGGUGCUUCGACGCUUGGUGCGUGAUGGUGGUGCCGGGUUGGCGGAGACCAAGGAGCGAUUCCUCCGUGAAGUUCAUGGACUGGUCACGCUGCUCCUGGGCCCGCCUCCAAGCCCUGACCAAGAGUUCGUGUGGCAGUUCUAUGAUGCCGAUGGAAAGUCCAAGGAGAUUAAACUCACCCCGCGUGAGUUUGCUCGCCAGGCAACAGCUUCAGCUGCUGCUCGUAAAGCUAGUGUUACUCCUUCCAGGCUGUUCAGUUUGGUCAACGAUCCCCGGAAUGAAUAUAACCGGCUGUUGACGGUUGAUCGACUGGGCAAUGUGCUGGAAGGACGGCCACUCACGUACGUCAAUGUGGAGAUGAAGAUCCUCAAAAAAGCCGUCAUCGCCAUGCUCAAAGCCGGCCACCCCGUCUUCUUCGGAUGCGACGUGGGUAAAUUUUCCGAUAGUAACGAAGGAACCAUGGAUCUGGACGUCAUAGACCUUACCCUCGGGUUCAACAUCUCGCUUGGGAUGAACAAGGCCGAGAGACUGGCCAGCGGAGAGUCAUCAAUGACACAUGCUAUGGUCAUCACGGGCGUCCACAUUGAAAACGACCAGCCGGUGCGCUGGCGCGUGGAGAAUUCCUGGGGUGAGGCCGCUGGAGACAAGGGCUGGUUUGUGAUGACCGACCGGUGGAUGGACGAAUACACUUUCCAGGCCGUGGUGGACUCGGACUUUGUCUCGAGUGAGAUUCGGGCUAUCUUGGAUCAGAGCCCGAAGGUCUUGCCGCGAUGGGAUCCGAUGGGUGUGUUGGCUUAG